UCAGCUGCCUGCUCUCCUGAGUUGAUACUCUCGCUCCUUACAUCCUGCUAAAUCUUUAAAUAAACACUGAAGGAUUUCCGAUCCCACUACCUGAAAACCUCUUUUCACAAUUAGCAUUGCCAAUUACCAUACCAAGUCGACCGAUACCAUCAUGGGAUCUCCAAAAAUUCCACCAAUUUCCGGUUUGACAGCUCUAGAGCCACGGCCUGGUGGUCAAUGGACCAUCAACGAGCAUGAUGGAGAGACCUCUUCUCUAUCGUAUGUGAUGGACAAUGGCGCUGAGGCGAUCACAUACACCCUGCGCCACUGCUAUAAUGAGGAUGAUAUUCGUAAGAAUUGUGCAUCUUUUGUCUACGAAUAUAAUGACAACGUUUCUGAGAUCGAAUAUCACCACCAAAACAUGCACGAGGUUCCCACAGAGUUUAGAGAUGCACAUGGAGCAGCAUCAAUACUCUACCAAUCACAAGAGGAGAGCGCAUUACGACAGUACUCGACGGGUCAAAUUCAGCAACCGCUCCAAGACCAUCUUCUCUUUAACACUGAAGCAACCAUUGUUUCACCAUCUGAAUCGCAAGCUCAAGCCAGUAUUCAAUUCGAAGAAACGACACUUGCUCCUCAAUCUCAUUUUUACCAGCACGGCCAAAGAAUGAAUAUGCCUAAUCACCAACAGCUUUCACAAACUAGUUUUGCUCCUGAAACUACUGAGUGGCCUUUAAGCAAUGAAUUAUUUCCCACGGCUGUAGGCAACGCCUCGAUUUCCAUACCAAACACUGAAUUCGGAUUACCCCAAGACACUCCAAUGUUUCUGAGUGCUUGGCAGCAGAACUGGGCUCAUAACUCGCCUGGCUCUCUUUUUAUCUUUUCAAUAACAAGAAGGCCAAGCUUCAUUAAAGUAAUAGAAGCAGACCCGUUUCAAGCAGCCAAGGAGCUUCUAGGCACACAUUACGAAGAGAAAAGAGUGCCAGUCCUAGGCGUCAAAUCUCAUUUAGUCGACGAUCUCAAUGCAGUGAAUCACCUCCUGCUGCAGUUCGCAUAUCCAGACACACGGCAGCUUUACAAUUACACUUAGGCAUCUUCUACUGCCGCACAACAAUAUCAGAAUGAAAUGCCGCAAAUGUGAUAUUUCGGGAUGACUGAGAGCGACACGAUCGAUGUCGGCAAUCCUUGGGAUAUUGAUAAGAUGCUGGACUACCAGGAGAACGAAGGCGAGAGAGGUAUGUUGCCGCAUGCAGUUUAUGUCCCAACAUCUUGCUUACACUUAGAAGAUGCCGGCUUACCCCCUAACAACCAAUAUAACCUACAUAACGGAUUCUAUUGCACCUUCUGAAUUAGGUGACCAAGUUAUAU